GUUGUGAGUGGUGUUAUAACUGUAAAGAACACCGCAACAGGUAAAUAAUAAGCAGGCUUAUCAUAUCGCUCGUAAUGAAGAAAGUAUUUACUGAACCUGAUUGGGACGAUGAUGAACUUUCAGCAAAUAAUCAUAAGGAUUACAGCUUCGCCAAGAUAAAGGUUACGAAAAACAAACAUAAAGAACAUCUGGAAUCUGAGAAGAGCGGAGAUUCAUUUCAGCCAGGAAAAUUCGUUCGUGCUCCUCAGGCAAAUGGCAAAGUGGAACAACCACAUUCUCCACCAAAAGAUAAAUGUAAACCUAGCAAAAGGAAGGCUGAUAUAGCAAUCGAAAAACUCGAGAGUGGCACUGCGAAGGCCAAAAAAUUGAAACAGAAAAAACGAGAAAAUCAUGUGCACGAUACAAAAGCAGGUCAAACUAGAAAUGUGAAACAAUCGAAUAAUGCACCCGCCAAUCUCCGAGAUAAGUUAGUGGAAAGUUUGAAAGGCUCCCGAUUUCGAUUCCUGAACGAACAGAUGUAUAAAACCACCGGCGAUGAAGCAAGGAAGCUUUUCUCCCAAGACCCCAGCGCAUUUCAGGCGUACCAUGAAGGUUACCGACAUCAAAUUGUGCAAUGGUCGAUGAAUCCACUGAAUCGCAUCAUUAAAAACAUACAAAAAUUGGCGCAGGAUCAGAUUAUUGCCGAUUUUGGUUGCGGUGAAGCUCGACUAGCGGAAUCUGUGCCCCACAAGGUGUACUCGCUGGAUUUGGUGGCCCACAAUGAGAGUGUGAUAGUUUGUGAUAUGGCCAACACACCGCUCGAGAAUAAUUCAAUCAACGUUGUUGUCUUCUGUCUAUCCCUGAUGGGGACCAACGUGAGAGAUUUUCUGCUGGAAGCGAAUAGAGUCUUGAAAGUUGGCGGUUCCCUUAGAAUUGCUGAAGUUUCAUCUCGUUUCGACGAUGUGAAGCAAUUCAUAGACUGCGUCCAAAAAUGCGGGUUCUUGGUAGUGAACAAAGACUUAAAGCAUAAGUUGUUUUAUUUCUUUAACUUCAAAAAAGUGCGGACAGUUGAUAAACAUUCCGCCCAAGGUAAACAUUUCAGUCUCAAACCGUGUCUGUACAAGAAGCGAUAAUAAUGCAAAACGUGUAAUGCGCGUGAAAUAAAUACAUUUAUUUAGUUCAAAUCAA